CCGCCGUACGUGCUGCGCUCGCGCUGGGCGGGAAUCGCUCCGAACCUGUUACGCUUCAAAACUCUCAUAAACUUUGACUAGUUCGCUAUUAUUUCUAUGAAUCGGUCUUUAAGUGUGUAUGUGCGUCUAUUUGUAGCUAAUGGUUGCCUGAAAAUGUUUUGCGAAACGUGGAAUUCCACUUAUGAACUCAAAGAUGCAUUCCGUUAAAAUUCUUACAUCGAGCGAGCGAAGCGUGCACGUGCGUUUAUUUUCACUUAUAAAUAGCUCAGUCUGCUGAAACUUAGGUAUGACGUCGCUGAAGGAGAGCGAGCUGCAGGACGAUAAAGGGCGGAGAAGGGAUUCGAAGGACGUGACGGAGCUACCGCCGAUAGGUUCGUCCUUACAUAAAAGAAGACGAGGCGAGCCGCCGGCGACUCUGUCCGUCAAGUCUCCCCAAACGCCGUCGGACGCCGAGGGCUCCUCCCCGUGCACCGCCGGCCCGACGCCCGAGGACUGGACCCGCGAUGGGGACAACCGGGACGCCGAAGCAUUCUGCGACAACAUGCUCCAGAGACUCAAAGACAGAAACGACGCCCUGUCCCUCCGCGGCAAGCUGGUGGCGACGCAAACGAAGGAAACCCUCGAAGCUGUGGAUCACAUGGAAAAAUUGCUGAAACUUUUAGAUCAGGUCAUAACUCUAGAGGAUAAAAACUCCCGUUUCAUCAAGAGGCUGCAGCAGAUACAUCUCGCUAGGUUACAUAUCGCCCGAAGAAAAAUGAUAGAGGAGAACGAGAGGCUAAAAGAUGAAACGAAUGAGAUCGACCUCAUCAACGAGGCGCUAGAUACUCAGCUGGACGGUGAAUACGGCCAGGCGUUUUUCGACUCUAUGCUGUCGGGCCACAAGGGCGUUAAAAGAACAACCUCUAGAUGGAAGACUCACUCAAGGUUUGGGGGCUCGUUGCUCAGGAGACAGAGAUCGCGGUCAGCUGGCGGCGAGGACAGUGACGCGUCCCCCGGCACACCUCUAAGACGAAAGUCAGACGGCAUCUUCUGUAAGGAGGUGGAAAAAUCAAAAGUCUCCAACUGGAAGAAAGUUAAAUUUGCCUUUAAGUGGGAGAAAGCGCAAUGGUCUACCACAUUGGGUGGGGCAGCUGCCGUUGCUGCUGGUGCCAUGGUAGGUGCAGUAGCCCUGGCCGGUUCCAACCCAGCUGGCAACCAAGUCAACCAAGCGGGCAACCAGGCCAGUCCAACUGGCAACCUUGCCAAUCAAGAACCCAGGGACUCGGCGAGCCUCACAACCGGCAGUGCACUGUCUCUCACACCAAAUUCUUCGUGCGAAGAGUUGAGAAUCGAUUCUGGAGUAUGUCGGAGAAGCGGUCAUGAUACUGAAAACAUUUUCUUACGAGCACCUACGCAGGACGACAGUUCCACGUCUCCAUCUCCAAACAAGCUGCACAAGAGCCCUUGGGGGAAGAUGCGGGACAUCAUCCAGACGCACCGGGACUCCGUGAAGAAGAAGACCAAGGGGUCCAAGUCUCCAGACGUUCCAGCGAGAAGGAGGUCCUUCAGCGACGGUGGAGACAGUGACGCGCCACCAGAACUCACCCUGACCAUACCUUCGUCUGAGGAACUUGAAUCCGAAGGCUCCCACCCGGCCCUCCGCAAGCAGCACUCGCUGGACCGGCCUCAGCACCGCCCCCUGCGGGACUCCAAGUGGACGCGCGUGAAGCGGGCCUUCCUCACCUCCGCCUCCGCCUCCGUGCCCUCCAGUCCCAACAGGCACUCCGCCUUCUUCACUGAUGGAGACACGGAGGGCCUGAGCAGCGGGUGCGAGGCGGGCGGGGCGGGCGGGGUGCGGGAGGAGAUAGCCCGGGACUACGCCGCGCUGCAGUCGCGACUCGGCAAGGAGUUCUCCGACAGGAGCGGCAAGCUGUCCAUCUCCCACUCCCUGUACUCCUCAUCGAGGCCUGUAGCAACCGAGGAGCAGUUGUCAGCAGAUUUCAGAAAGAAGCUGGAAGAAUGGCAGCGGAUGAAAGGCGUGCGGCAGCCUCCGCCAGUGCCAAAGCGGCAAGACCUCAGCGAAGACUUCCUCAAGAAAUGGGAUGAUUGGACCCGUAUGAAACAAACAAACUCUGUGCCUCCCUGGGAAGGUGACACGAAGCCAGAUGAGGUGCUUGUCCAAACCUCCACCGGAAUCAUGAAGUUUAAAGGAAUAUCAAGAUCCUUCACACGUAAGUUACAAGAAUGGGAGAAGAACCAACGCAUCGCUCCCGAAGCGUCCACCGUCGCUUUACUCCAGGCAGCUCGUGCCAAAGCGAAACAGCCGUCAGCCCCUCUCACUCGCACACAGUCGGACGGCAGCGUAGCUCCCAGUCUCGGCAGACGACAUGCCUCCAGCUUAAGCGUCAAUGACGCCGAUGAUUUUGACUCAGAAUAUGAGAGAGAUCAGUCGCUGGAAUAUAAUGACGAACCGGCCAGAUCAGCCGUGUUGGUGGAGGUGGAAGCUGAGGAAGUGUGUACAGCGGCGCCUCUGAUGGCAGUAUCGCCAAGGCAUAUGCCGCAGACGCCGGUUUACACGUAUGGACCAGCAGAAGCCAGGUUGCUAUGUGAAACCUCCUCAGCGAUAACAGGCACUGCUGUGCUACAACCUAAUGGUGAUGGUAAGAAGUUUACACAGAAGAAAAAGACGGAAACCAAAACGAAAACUCAUGAACAGGAAAAAUCAAUAAAGGAACAUAGAAUCAAAUUACUGAGACAACCAAGCUUAGAAGAAGAUGCUAAAUUUAUUAGGAAAGCAAUAGAGGAAAUUGAAAAAGGCAGUACCCACCGAUAUCAUGAAAAAUUUACUGUGGAAGAAAAGAAAUCUGACGAGGUACAAAAUUUACCGUCAACCAGUAAAAGUUCUAGCUCUAAUUUAGUACAAGACAAUGUAAAAGAACUAAAAACUAACAAAGAAUAUAACGAAGACAGAAAAGAAGAUAAAGGUAAUGGCAAAAAGAAAUCAAAGUCUAGAGCUAGACUAGAGCGGGAACAGUCUAAGCCUUCAGAAAGUGAUACUGAGCCAGAAGUUGAUACGGUGACGGUUGAAAUUCCACGACGUAAGAAAAGACCACGAAAACCUUCAGAAAAACCUAGAACUCCGCCCGCUUCUCUACAUUCUGACACUGAAGGCGAGGUGUAUGUACUAAAAAUUAAAACUCCUGACCAAAGGGGUGUGUCGCCAGAGGUGAUAGUUAAAACUACUAGAAAAAUAUUCUCUCCCGUCGUGAGAAGCGGAGAAUCUAUACCUAGAGCUGUAAUUCCAGUGAAUGUGGAGGACUUAGAUAAUGUGAGCCCUUCUCCUACGCCUCACAAAAAUGAAAAUCCUAAUCCUAUUCAACAAAGUCAAAAAGAAGACACCGAAAAUAAGUUCAAAGGUUCGGGAGAUCUUCAAGAUGACGAACAAAGGUCGAAAUCGAGGCCUCCACUUCCUUCAUCUCCUUCGUCUCAAAGAAAGCCUUCUCCAAAGGAAACUUCUCCUUCUAUACGAAUAAUGAUUCAACGAUACAACAAAAAAAUUAACGAAGAAGGUCCUGUGUCGGGAAUCAGCAGUGGUGCCGCAUCGCCGCCCUGGAGAUCGCCAAAAUCAGACAGGCGCAGACCUCCAGAUAUGCCCGUUGGUGUGAAUAUUAGAAGUAAUCCGUUCCUCGAAAAAGAAGUCCAAAAAUCCGCAAGCGCUUGCCAGCUGUCAAGACGGGAAAGAAAUUCUUCGGAGAAAAGUAUCCCACCGAGCACUCUGGCUAUAGAUGGCGUGUUGAAGUCGCACAGCGCCAAUGCGUUGCAUCCUGACAAAAGCGAACCUCCUAGGCAAGAAGACAUGCAAGCUGGGGCGAGUACAGACACAAUAGUACCUAGAAAUUUGGACCAAGAAGAACCAAAACCUGUUGAACAACCGCCAAUAUUGAGGCAGCAGUCUGAAGUCCUCCCACCCUUAACCAGAUCUGCAACCGAUGGUGUCGCAUUCGAUAGAUCAGUCUCAGUAGAUCCUCACAUCAAUUCCUUACAAACGGACCAGCUGAUGGCGAGGCUUUCGGAACGAGCAGCAAAAAUUCGCGAAGCCAGAGAGAGGUUCCUGUUUUCGACCCAAAUGAGGCGAGACGGGACCAGCUCAGCCAGUGAUUUGAGACCAGGAGAUCGGUCGAGUCGUGUAAGCUGCGACAGUGACGUGACUGCGGGCGCGGCCAGGCAGCAGGUCCGCCUCUGCCGCACCGCCUCCAACCUGGGCCGGAGCCUCUCCACUGGCAUGGUCAACGUUGAGAGGGACACCUGGCAGAGAGUUGCUGAAGGUCAGCGGAAAGACCGCACCAAGUCUAGAUUCAGCUUAGGACGCUUGGCCGCAAAAAUACGACGAAAAGAAGAGAGCACUGUGACCAAACUGUGUCGACAGACCCUGACUGUGCAGUUGAGGAAAUAAAGUAUUAUUAUUUUC